AUGCCAUGCUAUGCCCUUCUUUUUCCGGUAGAACCCCCAGCGGAAUCCACCGUUUUGAAGCUGCGAGUCCGCGAGGCAUCGGAAAGAGGCCCCCCCGGCGAUCCGGCGCAGGCCGGCGGAGUAACUCCCUGGCCCCAAUCAGCCCCCGCCUUGCUUCGCAACGACGAGCCUGGGCUCAUCGCCAAGAAGACGCAUAAGGACCCCUUGCGGCAACACAUGGAGGACCUGGCGGUGCACGAGCGCAUGGAGUGGCUCAAGCGCGAGGGCCACACGAAGCGCGAGUUGAUCGCCAAAGUGGAUGUUCUGGCGGAUCCCAUUCUCUUCGACCUGAAGGUGUUGCACAACAGCGCUGCUCGCGCGAAAACAGCUCCGCAUGGCCAGGUCUGUGCCACGCCCAGCAAAGCGGGGCGGGCGCAAAACGGGUCGGCCAACCAAGCUGAACGUCUACGUGGACUUUCCCGUUCUUUGGCCAAUGACACCCACCAGCACAUGGCGCGGCUUCAGAUCCCGCACCGCGUGUUGGAGGGGGGAAAGAUGCAAAGACUCUUCGAAAAAUUGAAAGACAUUGAAGAGAUCACCUCUGACCCAUGUGGUGAUGCGCCCAAAGCAGAGUUUCACCAUGGCAAUGACAUGGCGCUGAAAGUGAAGCCUGAGAUCGGUGGUGCCUUCGCCGAACAGCUCAAGGGCCUUUGGGGCAACGCUGCCGGAGUCAGUGGGGCGACCCAAAAAGCAAGGGGGCGGGGGAGCUUUGAAGGUCCCCGUGGUAUUUGA